AUGUCUAACUAUUCUAAGUUUCUUAAGGAAAUUUUGAGCGGUAAGAGAGAUUGCAAUAUGGUGGAACCAGUGAGUUUGGGGGAGUGUUGUAGUGGCUUUAUCCAUAAUGACUUGCCCCCAAAUAUGAAAGAUCCCGGAAAUUUCUCCAUCCCUUGCAAUAUUAAAGGAAAAUUAUUCCAAAAUGCCCUUUUUGAUCUUGGUGCUAGUGUUAGCAUCAUGCCUUAUUCCGUCUUCAAGAGACUUAAGAUAGGUGAGCUCCUUCCAACCAACUUGAACCUUCAAUUGAAGUUCCCCAAAGGUAGAGUUGAGGAUGUCCCCCUUGAGAUAGGAGAUUUUACUAUCCCCGUUGAUUUCAUUGUGUUAGAGAUUGCGGAAGAUGAUCAUAUUCCUAUCAUUUUAGGGAGACCCUUUUUAGCUACUUCGGGAGCUUUGAUAGAUGUUAAGGGAGGUCGUAUUACUUUGAGAGUUGGUAAAAAUGAGUAA